GAUCCUCAAUAUGGAUCGGAGAGAUCACACUCACUGCCCCCGGGAAAGAGGGUUGUCGCCUCCCUAAAGUGGGCUUUGCUACGUAAGCUUUUUGGCUUGAAUGACCGAUAUACUCUCUUCGAUAAGAAUGAGAGGAAUUGGCCUCAACGAUUAGUCUCGUAA